GCUGAGAAAAAGCCCUUAGGAUCUUUUCAGAGACUAAGUCCCAGCUGUGAAGACUUGAGACUUUGAGUAGUGCAGCGGAAGUUGAGACGGUUGAACCCUUGUACUAGUAUGUGAGAACAAGGUCGAAGGCUUUCGCGGUGAAGGCGGCGGCGGAUGCUGGACGGAGACCCAGAGGCCUAAAAUCUGCAGUCCUGUGGGUGUGUGUCGAGGGGAAUUUUCAUUCCCGGAAUAAGCUGCUUCGUCACCGUCUUCUGGGUCAGGUGCGGUGAUGCGUUGUUGGGAAGCGAUGACGAGGACAGCAGGUUGUGCAGGUGAACUGCAUGUGUUAUCGCGUCUGGCCACAGUGUGGUGAUGUCGUCGGAAGCGCGAUGACCCGGCGAGCGGUGGUAUAUGUCGGCGUUGGAGAAGAACGCGACGACUGUGGCGGGACUUCGACAAACUUCUCGUGUGAUGGGCAUAAGUUGGUCUGCUUCGGUUGGCGGUCCUCGGAUCGCCGGUGGUGGGACUCGGCUGGGUCCUGCUGCUGCUACUGCAGGUAUGGUGUUGGAGUGCCAGAAGCCGUCACUGUCGAAUUCUGGAUCAAGAUCCGGCGGGUGUGUCCAGGCUGCGAAUGAUACGAUGCCGUCGCUGUCGGCAGUACCGCGGUCGGGGACGAAGUCCAACACGAAGAUGCCGGAUUUCAGGAGGGCACGACCGAUGAAGAGGCCACCCUUUCCGUGGUAUAGCCGAAACUCGUUGGAGUAGGAGUCGCACUCCAGAUUUUCGUUGUUGGCGACGAUGAUGACGACGUCGCGGUUGAGGCGUUUCUCCUGUUGCACGAAUCGUCCCGAAGAGCACAUGUGUUGCCCGCAGCAGCUGUCCAAGAACCAGGUGUUUCGCCCGGUGGGUUCGGCGUUGGCGACCGCAGCAUAUGUUGGAUUGACUUGAAGGCCUUAGGUGCAUCUCCGAAAUCCUUCCGUGGGCGCGAAGAAGCGAUCGUGUGGUUCUCCAUUCUGGCCCGAGCCCGGCGAGGACAAGUGUCACGAAGCUUUCUUCAGUGAUUGUUCCUCCGCACCGAAGCAGGCGGUCGCGGAGGGUCUGGCAGCGGCUCAUAUACUGCAUCGCCUUUUCCCCGGUCUUCAUUUGUAUUGUUGUUUCUCAGGAGAACCGUAUACGCCAGCAGCGACUGAUACGUGAAGAUUUCUUGUUCCUUUCCAGUGCCGUUGCUUGGGAAUGGCAGGGACCCGUUGAAGUAUCCCAGAAGAAAAAGCCCUUAGGAUCUUUUCAGAGACUAAGUCCCAGCUGUGAAGACUUGAGACUUUGAGUAGUGCAGCGGAAGUUGAGACGGUUGAACCCUUGUACUAGUAUGUG